AUUAAUGGAUCUCGGUCGAUUGAUUUGUGACGUGCAACACGCAGACUCAGUCACGAGAAAGAAUUUUAUUUUGUUCUCACUAAAAAAGGACAUGUCGGAACACCUGUCAAAUACAAAGAUUGACGGUUUUCUAUUCGGGGAGACUUUAGCUGACACACUAAAGACUGCCAAGUCAAUUAACAAGUCAGGAGUCGAACUAAAGGCUGACCAAAAUACCAACAAUUCAGCUAAACGAUCCAAAUUACCUAACCAGAAGAAUUUAAACCGGAAGGCUCCCGGGACGGCGUACAGGCAGCCGGGCCCGCAGCAGAGGAGCCGCGAGCCUGCAGCGCGAGCCCGCGCAGCCCCGCCGCCGCCCGCGCACUCAUCGAGGACGUGGCCGCGUCAGCAGCUGCCGCCGCCGGGCCCAGCUCCAGCUCGGCGCCGCCUUUAGAUACAGUAUUAAAAAGCCUCAUAAAUCAGUCGGUACUCAGACUCUCAGCCGAUGGGUUAAAACGGCACUGAGUGAGUGUGGGAUCGACACGUCUGUCUUCUCGGCGCACAGUACAAGGCAUGCCAGCACGUCGCGCGCGCACUCACUCGGCGUAAAUGUUGAUGCCAUCCGGAACACAGCUGGCUGGAGCGGCAAUUCGACGGUAUUCGCUAGGUUCUACAAUAGAACUAUUAUAAACAAUGAUUGUACAUUAUUAGCUCAGUCAAUUAUU